AUGGCCCUUCUCGAGCUCUUCUCUUUGCGUUGGCGGUUUCAAGAGAUCAAAAAUAUGGAGCUGCGCCACAACAUCAACGAAUUGAAUGAAAACUCCUCUCACUUCAUCCCUGACAGCAUGUCCAUCUUCGCCGUUGUCAUCUUAUCGCAGAUAACUCUGGCCAUAUCAGGAGUGAUCAAAUCAAAAACCAGUUUCAAGCUCCUUGUCAGCUUCCACGACACCCUGUGUCGAAUCGACAACCAAUUGGAGCGGCCGGCGAAGGGUGGGAAAUUCAAAUACGUGGCCUGCGUUCACCUCAGCCUGCUCGUGGGGCUACUGCUGAUGGAUUAUUCGGUGUGGAAGUUCACGCUUUCCGAGGACGGGGUGUUCUUUUCGCACGCUCUAAGCCGGACCAUGUGCGCCACCAUCUUGGUCCAGUACGAGGACGCUGUUUCUAGUCUCCGGGCUCGUUUCCGGUGCAUCAACUUCGAGCUACAACGUGAACUGGCUGACUACUUCCGGGAGGACUGUCUCGAGUUAGCAACCAAGCGCAAAAUCAAGGUCAUGCCAGCGCGUACCCUUUCGCGGCGACGAGUGGGCGACCUGUUCCAGCUGUUCUGGCUCACAUGUCGCGGGGUGCAGCAAGUGAACGAGGUCUACGGGAACCUCAUCUUCGCCCUCUUGGUGAUGACGUCCCUCCAACUGAUCAUCAUCCCGCACUAUUUCCUCAUCACCAUGUUCAACACCACCGAACCCGUGACGGAGGAGGACAAGAUUUGCGCCGUCGCCGACUCUCUUUGGCUUGGCUUCUUCUGCGUCCAGCUUUUUGUUCUCGUCAUCCCACCUGCCCUCGCGUCUGCUGAGGCUAAUAGAACUGUGGUGAUUGUUUGCAACUAUUUGAACACGAAUACAGAGGAAUACUUUCUGGAAGAGGUAUGGUAUUCACUUUGGAGGAACUCAUGA